ACAUUGUCAUCAGCAGCAACUUUUAUUUAUAGUACACCUUUAAUGGAGUAAAACUUCCUAAAGGUCAACUGAGAGCUUGUGUAGGCCAACGAGCACAGAUACAAAUGUGAAUGGGACUUGGUGCGCGAUCGGAUGCCAGUCUAAAGAGUUUGUAAUGAACUCAAGUUUACAAACAGUGUAAGAUGGGAGGCUGGUUCGGAGAAAUCUAACAGAAACACAUUGCAAUGUCUCGCAUCACACUGGAGGAUCUAAAUGCAUUGGAAGAUGAUGUUGCUGAGGACAUCCCUGAACACAUGGAGGAAGACAAUGACGAGGAGGAGCAACUUUUUGCUCAUUGGCAAAGCAUUGCCAAUGCACAUCAAGUGGAGCUUCCACGGGAGUUGACAGGCCCAAUUCAGCAAUUAUCAAGAAACAAUCAAGCACGGGAGAAUGUGCCCUAUCAACCCAUCACAUGCCAUGAGCAGUGCAAUGAAAUCAUUUAUGAGGAAUGCUUCUACCCUUCUGGGAAAUGGGCUCAUGUAAUCAAAGGGGAAAAAUUAUAUGAACAAAGCGUAUCACUGGCAUUCAUGAAACUGAUGCAUUAUAUCUGUGGCGAAAAUUCAGCAGGUCAUUAUCUUGGAAUGACCAUUCCCAUCAUAAAUGAUUUACAAAUGACAGAAGAAAGGAACAGUUUUGUCCAAAACAUUAUCACUGGGUAUUAUCUGCCAGAACAGUUUCAAGACCAUCCACCUCAGCCUGUGGACCCAGACGUUAUAAUUGUAGACCGUCAGGACAUGAGUAUCAUUAGCAGGGGUUUCCGAGGAUCAACCACUGAGCAGAUCAUAAUGCGGGAGAUUGAGACACUGUCAGAGUUACUGGGUUCCACACAUGCCUACUUGAGGGAUACUUAUAUUGUGGCCACAUAUGAAAAUCCUUCUGUCUCUCAUCGAAGGAAUGAAAUUUGGUUCAUUCGUCAUUCUCAAUGAUGUUGUUUGGUCUCAAUCAAUGCAAAGAUAAACACAAGUCAUUUAUAUUUGAAACAA